GGCAGCGUGCCCAGCUCUUUCGGAGAUAAUCAAGUUCACCAUUUUAAGCUUAAGGAUCUACACGAAUAAGUAUGAUAAGUCUUAGAGAAUUAUCACUUAAAAAAGUUGCAGAAUGUGUAAAAUCAAUCGUUACUUUUACUAUUGUGUCACCAUUACCAUGGACACUAACUGUGGAAGUUAUCAAGUGCUAUGCGAAUUUUAAAUGGUCAAAAAUAUUGCUUGAAGCACACGAUAAUCCUUUAACAGAUAUUUUAAUUAUACAAGCAGUGGAGCAUACAAGGGAAAUACCUAGUGAAACCCAUAGGAAGGCACUUUUAUGUCAAGCAAAUUUUGAAGACAUAUAUAUUUUUCCAAAGUAUUGUGUUUGGGUUAACAUUUGUUACAUUCCAGAAUAUAAUUUAAGAUUAUGUUGGGGCUGCUGUAACGCAUUUAUGGUAGUAUUAGGUCUCAGGAAUAAAAAAAGACCCACUGUUCUUCGAGACCAUUACCAUAUGAUAUUACAGGUUCAAGAAAUUCAUCGCUUAUGCAGAUCUACAAAUAUGUACUGUCAAAAUGACUUUUUGGAACUAUUGUUUGGUUUGAAAGACGAAUAUACUUGUGUAAAUGACCUACAUAACAUCGAUCAUUAUAAUAAUCACCCAUAUGUUACGAGAUUUGUAGAUUCUGGUAACGAUGAUUCCGACAUUGACUUUUAAGAAUGUAUGUAAAUGUGCUUGCAUAUACUGCUAAACAUUGAC